AUGAGUGCACAGUGGGCUUAUAGUCAACAAACAGCUGAAAAUGCCACUCUGUUUCAGUUAGUUAUACAAAAAAUCAUUUUCGUCGCUUUGUGCCUUGGGGUAGCAGUUGCAGCUCUUCCCUUACAGCAGCAACAACACCGUCUAACCCGUGAUGUAUCCGAAAUUGUAGCAGCCGAACCAGCGAAAGAAUAUCUGCCGCCGGCACCUGUGGCUGCUGAAUCUCUGAAAAGCAUCUAUUUGCCACCAGUUGAAUCAGUGGGAGCAGCAGAACCAGUGCCAGUUGUUGCAGAAGAAUCGUCGCCAGAUACCCGCGAAACCAAUGCUGCAGAAGAAGCUGAAGUUGUGGAAGCCGCCACCGAAGCUGUGCCUGAAACAGCCGUGUUCGGUGAGAAUGGCUACGAAUAUCGCACUGUACGCAAGCUUAGACUACGUCAACGUCGUGAUGUCUCCCAUCUGAACCUUGGCUAUCUGCCACCAGUAGCGAAUCUGCGCUUACCAUCCACAUAUUUGCCACCACAAUUGGAUGUACCACAAGAAUUACCACAAUUGAAAAUUUCUAAUGAAUAUUUGCCGCCAGUGAAUGAAGAGUUAGUAUCUGAAGAGCCCACAACUGAAGCAGUUGAUACUGAAGCACCGGAAACGGAAGUACCAACCACCGAAGCACCCUCUACAAGAGAAGCAAUGUCCGUAGAGACAGCUGUUUUUGCUGAUGAUGGUUACCAUUAUAAAAAGCCAGCAGUUUCACCCGAUCUAGGUAUGGAACCUUUGGUAAAAGUGGCUGAACCCGAUACAGCGCCAGAUGUACCAGAAGGGCCUGUAGCACCAGAAUCACAGCCAGAAUCAGUAGAGGCAGCUGAAGUUGAAUCGGCACUUGAACCCGAACAGCAGCCAGCAGUUGAGCAAACUUCAGAAGAAGAACAAAUAAAUGAAGUUGAGCCAGAACUCGCCUAUCUACCACCACUUGAACCAGGUGUAGUAGAGGCGCAGGGUCCAGGACAGGAAACAUCUGCCCUUCUUGACGAUGGCUAUCAUUACCGUGCUGUGAAGCGCGUCAGAUUUUUCUAGAACGGAAAGAUUGCAUCAU